AUGUUUUCAGCGGAUGCUUUCUAUUUUCCAGCUGCUAUGCUUAAUAUAACAUUGCCGAAUGUAAAAAAAUUAUCCAGUCCGAUUCCAGCACUCAUGGAAUUAAGGAUAAUAAAAGAUUUUAAUUAUAAUAAUUUAAAUAAUAAUCAUAAUAAUAAUGUUACGUUGACGAUUUCAAUCGAUUCGAAUCCUCCUGGAAUUUUUAUACUCGACGAAGGGAAAAAAUUAAAAUUAAAUGAGGAUUUGAUACGUGGAGAUUAUUCAGGGGUAUCGAAACGUCAAACGAUAACGAUAAGGGGUACAUCGAAAUAUGAGGAAGCGACAAACACGACAAUCAAUAUAUUAUUGACGUCGGAUAAAUUAAAUUGUCGAAAAUAUAAGAAAAAUAUUUGUUUUUGGAACGGUGCCGUAUUCAGGAUGAAAAAGAAAAAUUCAAAUCCUAUCAAUUUGGGGCCCUUGUCAUCUGAAUUUUACAGGGAUUUGUGUCCGGAUUAUUACGUCACUUCGUACAAAGUCGUAAAAGUGGAAAAUUUGGAAAAUUUCAGAGAAAAAAUAAAAUUUACAAUCGAUACUUUAUCGAUUUUUUUUUUAACCCACGGUUAUCCCGAAAAUUUAAAGCUUAACGAUAUUCAUUUGAAAUUUCCUUAUUUUUUAUUUAUAAUUUUCACUUAUCGUUUGUUAUCAUCGUACGGAUAA